AUGCUGUCCCUUCCUUUGAUCCUGGCUGCUGGCAGCCUGUCCACCCUCAUUGCAGGGGCCCCCGUCCCGUCCUCUCCCUUGAGCGUCCACACCCACGCCGAUCGACACUCGCACUCGCUCUCCCACGCUCCCUCCGUCUCCCACCGUUCUGUCCAGAGCUACAAUGUCCUCGGAGGAAACGGCAAGAUCGCCGCUGGUUGGCCCGACCACGACAACUGGUGGCCCAGCUUCAGUGAAAUGUUCGAAGCCAACCGCGACACCAUCAGCCAGUCCUGCACCCAGUGGAACGUGGCUAACCCCUCCGACGACGAAAUCGACAACAUCUCCAAGGCCAUCCAGGAGGUCUCCAGCUCCUCCGGCGUCGACCCCCGCUUCAUCCUGGCUGUCGUCAUCCAGGAGAGCAACGGCUGCGUCCGCGCCCCGACUACCAACUACGGCGUCACCAACCCCGGUCUCAUGCAGUCCCACAACGGCCAGGGCUCCUGCAACAACGGCGGUGUCCAGGACCCUUGCCCGUACGAUCAGAUCAAGCAGAUGAUUCAGGACGGUACCGAGGGCACUAGCGACGGUGAUGGGCUCAAGCAGUGUCUUGCCCAAGCUGGCGACGCCUCCGAUGCGGCCGCUUUCUACACCGCUGCUCGUAUCUACAACUCUGGCUCCGUCGCUGCCUCGGGCAAUCUCGGUCAAGGUAUCGCGACGCACUGCUACUCGUCUGACGUUGCGAACCGCUUGACCGGCUGGGCGACCGGCCCUAGCACCUGCGAGCCCAACGUGAUCGGAUCUCUUGACAAGGCUGUUACCAGCAUCUUCCGCUUCACUGGCAGCCUGCUCGGUGGCUCUGAGUCUGACUCGGACAGCCCCGCUUCUAGCUCCACUGAGGCUGAGACUGCUGCGCCCACUACCGCUGCUCCUACCACCACCGAGGCUCCCGCUACCACUGAAGCUCCUACUACUGAGGCUCCUACGACUGAGGCCCCUGCCACCACUCAAGCCCCUGCUCCGACCGAGGAGCCCAGCACUACUAUCACCAGCACCAGCACUAGCACCUCAACCAGCACGAGCACCAACACCGUGACCUACACCGUCACUGACUCCCCUACAAGCACCGCCGCCCCCACAAGCGCCGAAACAAGCACCAGCACCAGCACUGCCACCGAGCCCCCCGCCACCACCGCCCCGGCCGCCGCAGCAACCAGCUCGUCCUCAUCCGCGCCAAUCUACCCCUACGCGAGCACCUCCUGCACCCAGUACUAUACCGUCACCGACGGCGACUACUGCCUGAAGGUCGAGUCCGCGGUCGGCAUCUCCCUCGCCCAGCUCCGCGAGUUGAACUCCGGGCUGACGGAGGACUGCACAAAUCUCUGGCUGGGCUACCAGUACUGCGUCAAGGCUUAG